CAUGGAUGACGACUCAGCACGCCCCCAAGUCUUCAAUCGGACUGCUCGCUCGUCUGACUCCAGUCGCUGCAGUAAACCUCUGCCGCUCUCUGUGCUGAUGGCGCCCAUCACAAUCAACAUCAAGGCGAGCAAUGACAAGAAGUACUCCGUCCAAUUCGAUACAGACAAGACGGUAGCGGAACUCAAGGAAGAAAUCUCCAAAGUCUCUGAGAUCGAAGCAUCGCGUCAGCGACUCAUAUAUUCUGGCAGGGUAUUAUCCAAGGACGAUGACAAGUUGGAUCAGUACAAAGUCAAGGAUGGCAACACCAUUCACCUUGUGCAGGGCAAAUCACCGGCGGCAGCUGGAGCAAAUGCACAAGGCACUUCGUCGCCUGCAGCCGCACAGCCACAAAUCCCAAUGAGUGCAGGAACAGGAGUAGGCAAUCCGUUGACUGGGCUGACAGGUGCGCGCUAUGCGGGUCAGAUCGGACUGCCCAAUGCUUCCUUGUUUGGUGCAGACGGAGGUAUGACCGGCAAUUUUGGCGGUGAGGAAGAUAUGGCAGAGAUGCUCUCGCAGCCAGGUGUCCGUGAAGCAAUGGAAGCAGCAUUUUCAAAUCCACAGUUUAUCGACCAAAUGAUCAAUUCCAACCCGCAGCUCCGUGAUGCGCCGCCCUACGUUCGGCAGAUGUUGCAGUCGCCCGAGUUCCGUCGUCAAAUGAUGGACCCAAAUUUCAUCCGGCAGAUGAACCAGAUGCAGCGCUUGAUGGGAGGUGGUCCCGCGCAGCCAGCAGCCUUCCCUGCUCCAGGACCUGCUACGAAUGCAGAUACUGCUGCUGCUGGCACGGCAUCUGGUACUGGCACAAAUCCAACGAAUGCCACAGGUCCGCAGACAACUUUGCCUGAUAUCGGCCAAAUGAUGCAGAUGAUGCAAGGCGCGGGAGGAAAUGCUGCUGGUCCAGGAGCUGCGAAUGCAGGUGGUGCCGGUGGCGCAGACAUGUUCUCACAAAUGAUGCAGAACCCGGCUCUCAUGAGCAUGUUGGGCGGUAUGGGAGGGUUGGGUGCCUCGCCAGCGUCAAACGCGCCUGCUGAUACACGACCGCCCGAGGAACGAUAUGCAGAGCAGCUGCGCCAGUUGAACGACAUGGGUUUCUUUGACUUUGAACAAAACGUUUCGGCGCUGAGAAGGUCUGGUGGAUCUGUUCAAGGCGCUAUCGAAGCGUUGCUCAGUGGUAGCAUUUGAAAGUUGUUGCAUAGUCAAGCCAUUGUUAGCAUUCAUGAUCAUACAUCUCUACAAACAGGUUACGG